UUUUAUUUCAUGUUUGAAACUAUUACAAACCCGCACAGUCCCCUCAGAGAAAGCGCCUGGCACUGAGGAGAGGGUAACCGGGGAUUAUAUCAUGUUAUUAUACACCAUCCUGCUGAAUUUGGGCCUGUAUUUCACCAGCUGCCAAUCACAAGACAAUGGGGCGAAGAGCAGAUGGGUUAGAUCGGUGCAGAGUACUCCGGAACCCAUAGAUUGUGUGAUGUCCUCCUGGUCUGCCUGGAGUACGUGUGACCCGUGUCAGAAAAAGAGAUUCAGAUACAACCAAAUAACACAAGUGCCCCAGUUCCGUGGUGAGCCCUGUUUUACGUUAGACAGACAGGAGGAGGCCUGCACCACCAGCAGUGUCUGCAGGAACAUAAAGCAUUGCGAAGGCUUCCAGUGCGUGGAAUCUGGAAAGUGCAUCAUACGCCGGCUAAUGUGUAACGGGGAUGAUGACUGCGGAGAUUCAUCGGAUGAACAGAACUGUAAGACGGUCCGGAGCACAUGCACGGAUAAGAUGGAGCAGUUUUGGGGGAUUGAGAACCUUGCGGCCGGACUGAAUUUAUUUACAAAUAACCGUGAAGGUAUUGCACUGGACCACCGAUACUACGCCGGCGGGUGCUCUCCAAAUUACAUUCUGGGGACGCGAUUUAGAAAGCCGUAUAAUGUGGAAACUUACAUUCCUGAGUCUAAAGGCGAAUAUGAGUUUAAACUGUCUGAGCAUGAAUCAUAUUCGGAUUUUGAAAGAGAUUUUCUUAGCGUACAUGAAAAGCAAACCAGCUUCAGCCUCAACUUUAAAAUACCGUCCGUUAUUGAGAUUGGAUUCAGCUACAGUGAUAAGAGCUUUAAAAAGUUUGUGGAAAGAACAAGGAGAUUCUCACAUACGAGCAGUACGUUUAUCCACGCACGGUCUGAAGUAGAAGUGGUUCAAUACAAACUGAAAUCUCGGAGCCUGAUGCUUCAUUCUGAGUUCUUCAUGAGGGUAAAGCAAUUGCCGAUGGAAUAUGUUUAUGGUGAAUAUCGAGACCUCUACCGGGACUAUGGAACACAUUUCAUAACUGAAGCGACUCUAGGCGGCCUCUAUGAAUACACUUUGAUUCUUAAUUCAAACAAAAUUAAAAAGGAAGAUUAUAACUUAAAAGAUAUAAAGUCCUGCGUGUCGGCGGGCUUUACACUUGGAGGUAAUAUUUGUGGAGUAUGGGUGAGUGGCACUGUGUCCGCGGAUGCGUGCGAUGGGCUCCUGAAGGAAAUUGGAGGCAAAACUUCAAAGAAUGAACUUGUUCAAGACUUUGUAGCGCUUGUGCGCGGAGGAGCUAGCGAGCAAAUCACAACGCUUGCGUACAAGAGCCUUCCCACUCCGGACCUCAUGCAAGAGUGGGGUGAUGCUGUGCAGUACAACCCGGAAAUCAUAAAGUAUAAGGCCAGCCCCUUGUUCGAGCUGGUGACAGCAACAGAUUUCAUUGGUGCAAACAUCCUGCAGCAGAACAUGAAACGCGCUCUUGAGGAGUUCCAGGCGGAGACCAGCUCCUGCCGAUGCGCUCCGUGUCAGAACAACGGGAAGGCCGUCUUCAUGGAAAAUCGCUGCGAAUGCAUCUGCCCGCUAGGGUUUAAAGGGCCAGCUUGUGAAAUCACCAAGAGACCAGUCCCUCCCAUAGAUGGAAACUGGAACUGCUGGUCAAGCUGGACCCCAUGCUCAGGCGGGAAUCAAUCCAGACAACGGCAGUGCAAUAACCCGUCCCCACAGAACGGAGGCAGAGCGUGUGACGGAGCCCCCAGUGACUCAAGAAAGUGCUAACUGUGUGUGACAGAGUAUGGGAUGAACUACGUAUUGUCUACAUCGCGGUGCCUCAGAAUUAUGUCAGAUUAUUCUGUGAAAUUACAUAUUAAUAAAACUUUGAUGACAGUUAA